CCACGCCCAUUCAACAUCACACUGGAUUAAUUUGCAGCUUUUUUACCCUCUCAUUAUCUCCUCUUGCUCUCCUCCUAAAUUUUCUAACUAUCAGGAAAAGGAUAAGAAUGAAGACUCCUAAUAAAAAACAUCCAGUAUAAAACAGAUUCCAUCUCCAUUUAUUCCUUCUCACUGAGUACGUCUGGUAGUUUUAUUGAUAAAAUGAAAACCAGAAAGAAAAGGAUAUUGAUUCUGUAUGGGUCUCAAACUGGUACUGGGAAAGAGUUCUCCAAUAGAUUAGCAAAGGACUCAUCUCAUUUAGGACUACCAGCCAUGACCUUUGACCCUGAGGACUGCACUGACUGGGAUGACCUUACUAGAGUAGGACAGGAAGUUGAAGGAUCACUUGUUAUUUUUGUAAUGGCCACUUAUGGAGAGGGAGAACCAACUGAUAAUGCUCAGGAAUUCUUUGACUGGUUAAAAGAAACUACUGAUAAUCUUCAAGGACUAAAAUAUACGGUCUUUGGAUUGGGUAAUAAAACAUAUGAACAUUAUUAUGAGAUGGGACGUUACGUUGAUCAGAGAUUAGAAGAAUUAGGAGGAGAGAAAAUAUAUGGGAGAGGAGAAGGAGAUGAUGAUGGAAAUAUUGAAGAGGAUUUCAUUACAUGGAAGGAAGGUUUGUGGCCUGAGGUGAUGCAGUAUUUCAAAAUAGAUUCAAGUCAAGCAACAGCUGUUGGUAGAGAGUAUGAGUUCAGUCUUCAUACUGAGAUAUCAACUGAUGAAGUAUUUACUGGAGAACCAAACAGACUAGGAUCAUAUAAGAACCAGAAAGUGUAA